AUGCCCCGGCGCGACCGUGCGGGACGGCGCGUCCGCGUCGUUGGCCUCGGCAUCGCUGGCCGUCCGUCGCGGCUCCGCGGAUACUUUCCACCGCGCGCCUCCCCAACAAGCUCCCGCGGCCCGGCGCCCCGCUGUCCAGGCAGCAGCGGCGCUGCUCAGCGUCGUUGCCAAGUCCGGCCAGAGCCCCUGCCGUGGCGACCUCCUCGUCGUCUCCAGCCCCGCACGGGAGCAGUCCCGCGCCCGUCCGCGACCAGCCGUCCGCGCCCCUGUAGCCCGCCGGCCGGCCCGGCCGCCUGCUACUCCGCCCGCCCGCGGCGGCUCGUUCCCCCUCCGAGCGACGGUCCCCCACGUCGCCCCGCUCCUCCGCCUGCGGCCGGCUGGCCGUGCCGCCCGGCGACGGGCCCCGUCACCUCGCGCCGCCUCCGCCUCCGCCCACGGCCGCCUGCUCGCCUCCGCCGAAUCCCGAAGUCGCCGCGCCCGCCGAUGGCCGCCUCCGCUUCCGCCCACGGUCGCCUGCUCGCCUCGGCCGGCUCCCGAAGUCGCCGCGCCCACCUGCGGCCGCCUCCGCCUCCGCCCAUGGCCGGCUGCGCCGCGCCCCCGCGGCCGGCCGACUCGCCUCCCCGGACGGCCGGCUCCCCCCGCGCUCCCGCGGACGGCCGACUCGCCUCCCCGGACGGCCGGCCGACUCGCCUCCCCGGACGGCCGGCUCCGCCCGCCACCCGGCCGGCCUGCUGCCGGCCGACUCGCCUACCCGGACGGCCGGCUCCGCACGCGCCCCCGCGGCCGGCCGGACUCGCCGCCCCGCGCCUCCGACCUCCGGCCCGAGCGCCCCCGCCUCUGGCUUGGUUUCGUCCGCGCCUCGGCGCCUGCCCCACCUUGCGGCCCCCUCUGCCUGUGCGCCCCAUGGCCGGCCGCGCCAUGCCCGUCGGAGGCCGGCUGCGCCCCGCACCGGCUCGCGCCUGCGCCGGCCGCUUCCCGCCUCGGCCCUGGCCUUCGCUGGCCAGCUGCCUAGAAGGCAGAGAGGGGGCCGGCUGA